CAGACACCCACUCAGCUGCGGCAUCGCGGAGAGGGGACUAAGUCCAGAUAACGUCCUUGGAGGCUGUGGCCCCGGGGUCAAGACACGUACCCUGCAGGCGUAUUAAAUAAUGAGUUAAAUCACCUGAAGCACACCCAUUUCCGGGGACUGCUCCGGACAUUCUGGCUUGAGGGUAGGAUGGGCGGAGGUCCCUAAGGGAGAGGUGGGAUUCGGGCUGAAUCCCUCGUUGAGGGCAUCUGGGUCAAGUGGCUUCCCUGGCAGCUCAGUCACGGGGAGACCCUCUCUCAUUGGGCAGAAGCUAAGUCCGAAGCAGCGCCCCUCCUGGGAGGUUGGACUGUGGCAUAGGAAUGGCUCAAGUGGAGGAGGGUUGAGGCUUCAGUCCAGCACCUUUCUCGGGUCACGGCCUCCUCCUGGUUCCCAAGACCCCACGAUAGGCAGAGACAGGCCUUCCUACACCCUACUCCCUGUGCCUCCAGCCUCGACUAGUCCCUAGCACUCGAGGACUCAGUCUCUGAGGUCACUUCACCCUGGCCUCUGCCUCAUCCCUGGCUAUGGACCACUGAGGGGAGAGGGCUGGGGCGCUCCGCUGAGCCACUCCUGCGCCUCCCCGGCUGUGUGCACCUCUCGCCCCCGGGGGGAUUAGUGUCCAGGUUACCCCAGCAUCCUACCACCUCCUGGUGGCCUUGCCGCCCCCACAACCCCGAGGUAUAAAGGCAGGUACAUGAGGCAGGGGACGCACCAAGGAUGGAGAUGCUCCAGGGGCUGCUGCUGCUGCUGCUGCUGAGCAUGGGCGGGGCAUGGGCAUCCAGGGAGCCGCUUCGGCCACGGUGCCGCCCCAUCAAUGCCACCCUGGCUGUGGAGAAGGAGGGCUGCCCCGUGUGCAUCACCGUCAACACCACCAUCUGUGCCGGCUACUGUGCCACCAUGAUGCGGGUGCUGCAGGCGGCCCUGCCACCCUUGCCUCAGGUGGUGUGCACCUACCGCGAGGUGCGCUUCGAGUCCAUCCGGCUCCCUGGCUGCCCGCCCGGUGUGGACCCAGUGGUCUCCUUCCCUGUGGCUCUCAGCUGUCACUGUGGGCCCUGCCGCCGCAGCAUCUCUGACUGUGGGGGUCCCAAGGACCACCCCUUGACCUGUGACCACCCCCAACUCCCAAGCCUCCUCUUCCUCUGAAGACCCUCCCCGCAGACUUCCGAGUCCAUCCCGACUCCCAGAGCCCGCAGACACCCCGUUCCUCCCAUAAUAAAGGCUUCUCAAUCCG